UAUUUAAUCACGGGACUAGACGGAAGGUUGAAAGAACAGGGAGGCCAUGUUGGAUUUUCAGUAAACUGUUUGUGUGAUCCCAGCGUCAGAAAUGCAUCCCCGGCGCAGUGCUCAGGAAGUCCUACUGUGUAAUCUCUGUGAGACUGUCCCCCUACAGAGUCGUUGUGGAGUUUGUAAUAUAAAUCUCUGUGUUAACUGUGUAGGAAAACACCUCUCGGACUCCUCUAAACAACACCAUGUUAUGCCCUAUUUACAAAGAAAGUCUACUCCUAACUACCCGAAAUGUCCGAAACACGCCAAUGAACACUGUAAACAUCACUGUGAGGACUGUGACAUUUCUGUUUGUAUUACCUGCGUCUCCUCCGGUAAACACAAAGGUCACAAGUUAUCAGAAUUUCUGGAAAAACUCAACUCCAAAACACAAAGUUUGCAAAAAGAUUUAGAGGAACUCGAGACCAGAAUUUAUCCGCGAUAUGAAGAAAUGGCGUCCGAUGUCCAAACUGAAAAAGUCGAAAUAGAAACGAAUUACGGGAAAUUGACCACAACUGCCGAGCAAGAAGGUGACAUCUUACACCGGGAGAUCUCCACCAUUGUCAAUCAGCGGAAAUCUGCCAUUCAGGAGAUGAAAAACAAACACCUAUCUACCCUGAAUAAAAAUACAGAACAAAUCACACAGAAAAUGGCGGAACUCAAACAGAUCAUGUCCGACUUGAAAUCAAUCCUAAAAGCAAAUGACGUUUCCUUAACCUCUACUUACAAAUCUAGGAAUUCCGAAUUUAGAACAUUACCGCCUAAAGUUCGAGCUACAUUGCCGAGUUUUACUCCUCAGAAAAUAAACAAAGAUCAACUCAAUGAAAUGUUUGGUUCUCUGUCGCCAUUAUCCAUUAACACAGAACAUGGCGACACAAUGAAGUCAGCAGAAGCUGUAUCGUCUACUCCAGUCAAACCACUGCUGGAUGAGCCGCGCCUCACCGCCACCAUAGACACUGGGUAUGACUAUCUAUACAGUGUUAGCUGUCUGAGUGAAGAUCAAGUCUGGACACGCGGGGAUAACAACACCAUGAAGCUGCUCAACCUCCAGAGUAAACUACUGACAUCAAUACAAACCAAGUCAGGGAACGAACCACUGGACAUAGCAGUGACACGGGACGGAGAUCUUGUUUAUACUGACUAUUGUAAUAACACCGUGAACUUAAUUAAGAAUAAAAAGAUACAGACCGUGAUCACACUACAGGGGUGGAUACCUCGCUGUAUCUGCUGUACCGCGGGUAACGACCUCCUGGUUACCAUGGACAGUGAUGAUAGAGAACAAUACAAAGUCGUAAGUUACUCCGGCUGCGCAGAGAAACAAAGCAUUCAGUUUGAUGAUAAGGGUCGUCCUCUCUAUUCAUCUGGUUAUAACACUAAAUACAUCAGUGAGAAUAGGAACCUGGAUAUCUGUGUUGCUGACUGUAGAGCUAGAGCAGUAGUGGUGGUCAAUCAGUCAGGAAAACUCCGAUUUAGAUACACUGGUCAUCCCUCUAAUACCGAGCAAUCAUUUAGUCCAGCCGGCAUCACUACUGACAGCCAGAGUCACAUCCUGACAGCAGACAAUCACCGUAUCCAUAUCCUAGAUCAGGACGGACAGUUCCUCCGUUAUAUUCACUGUGGCUUAGACUAUCCAUGGGGUUUAUGUGUGGACAUCGGAGACAACCUCUUUGUGGCUGAGUGGGUCACAGCUAAAGUGAAGAAAAUCCAAUAUCUAUAAACACAGUGUUAAUUACACAUCUCUAUGGUGUUAAUUACAUUUAUCAAAACGGUGUUAAUUACACAUUUCUGCAGUGCUAUUUACAUCAGUGUGUUGAUUACAACUGCUUGUUAAUUACAGCUCCUUGUUAAUUACAGCCCUGGGUACAUUACAGUCUUGUGUUGAUUACAGUUCCUUGUUAAUUACAGCCCUGUGUUAAUUACAGCCCUGUGUCUGUGAUGUGUAAUUAACAUGUUCUUGUGUUUGUGAGUUUAACUGAUAGAACAUUAGUCUCUCACUGCUGUUUACUAAUUAUAUCUUAUCUGUAUCAUUGUUUAGUGGAACAGUAUUAAUAUUAGUACACUAAUUACUAGUUUGACUGUGUUACUAGUUAUCUAUAAACACUCUUUUGUAGACUAAUUUGACUGUUACUAAUUAUCUAUCUAUAUACAAUCUUUUGUGAACUAAUUUGACUGUGUUACUAGUUAUCUAUCUAUAUACAAUCUUUUGUGGACUAAUUUGACCGUGUUACUAGUUAUCUCUAAACAACCUUUUGUAGACAAAUUUGACUGUUACUAAUUAUAUAUCUAUAUACAAUCUUUUGUGAACUAAUUUGACUGUGUUACUAGUAAUCUAUCUACAGUGGAGCCUCGUUAAUCCGGACGCUUUGGUUCCCAGCAAAAUCGUCCGGAUAAAUGAAGCGUACGGAUAAUUGAAUCGCAUAUUUUCUAUCUUUACAUAAGUAACCAAUAUAUGCCUACUUUAUUGAUGCAUAGUGAAUUAAACACAUUCUAUAAUUGGAUUUAACCAUUUGCAUUAGUAAGUAAAUUAUGAUAAUGUUAACAUUUACAUGUAUUUCAAAGCACUAAAAUUUAAUGUACGUGUUCAGUGUAUUUUCCUGUGCUUACAUUGUGCAUAUAUAUGAGUCCUACAAAUAAAU